AUGUCGAACAAUCACCAUGAACCUACAGAUCUUACGAUGGACAAUAUUGUCAGGGCUGAUACCGAUCAGCGCUCGGUCAUGGGGGCGGACAACAUCAUCAAGCCGAAUGCUCAGGCCCAGCAUGCCGCGUCUGAGGAGAAAACGAUGUCUCUCCGCCAGGCUCUGAAGCUAUACCCCAAGGCUAUCGGAUGGUCUGUUCUUCUCUCCUCGACUCUCAUCAUGGAAGGCUACGACCUGGCCCUCCUUGGUUCGCUCUAUGCCUCUCCUCAGUUCAACAUGAAAUUUGGCGUGUGGAAUGAUUCCACAGGGGAGUACGCCUUACCGGCGCCAUGGCAGUCCGCACUAUCUAACGGUGCCCGGGCCGGCGAAGUUAUUGGUCUCCUCAUCAAUGGCAUCGCCUCUGACCGGUUUGGCUACCGCAAGACACUGAUCGCUUCGUUAAUGGCGAUGAUCGCCUUCAUCUUUGUUAUUUUCUUCGCUCCUAAUGUCCAAAUCCUCGUCCUCGGGGAGGUGCUAUGCGGCAUACCAUGGGGUGUAUUCCAGACCCUGAGUACAGCAUACGCUUCCGAAGUUAGUCCGGUCAUCUUGAGGCCAUACCUAACCACAUUCGUCAACAUGUGCUGGGUCAUGGGCCAGUUCAUUGCUGCUGGGGUCAACCGCGCUUCUGUCACUCGGGGUGACCAGUGGGCUUAUAAGAUUCCCUUUGCGAUACAGUGGGUCUGGCCACCACUGAUUCUUGCUGGAGUUAUCUUCGCACCAGAGAGUCCCUGGUGGCACGUUCGCCAAGGUGACAACCAGGGAGCCAAGCGAGCGCUGCUGCGACUGACUUCAAAGAAUAACCCGGAUUUCGACCCGGACGAGACCAUCGCCAUGAUCGAGCAUACCAAUGAGCUUGAAAAGUCUCUGAAGGCUGGAACUACGUAUUGGGAUUGCUUCAAGGGAGUUGACCUUCGACGAACCGAGAUUGUCUGCAUUCUUUGGUUUGGUCAGACACUGACCGGCCAGAACUUGAUGGGCUACUUUUCAUACUUCAUGUCGCAAGCUGGGAUGGACACAGUUCAUUCUUUUGUUCUAAGCCUUGCUCAGAUGGCACUCGGCUUAAUCGGAACAGCGGGAUCAUGGUGGUUAAUGUCCAAAGUUGGUCGGCGGACUAUCCACCUCUGUGGCGUCACCACGCUGUUUUCUAUCCUACUCAUCAUUGGCUGCAUCUCUUUCGCGAGGACCAACGCGUCUCUAUGGGCCACUGGUGCCAUGCUCAUCACCUUCACCUUCUUCUACGACUUCACCGUCGGCCCAGUCACAUACUCGCUCAUUUCCGAGCUCUCCUCCACCCGCCUGAAGGCCAAGACCAUCGUCUUGGCCCGCUCGCUCUACAACAUCAGCAACAUUGUCGUCAAUGUGUUGACGAACUAUCAGCUGAGCAAGACUUCGUGGAACUGGGGCGCCCGUACGGCGUUUUUCUGGGCUGGUACUUGCGGCUGUGUUAUGGUUUGGGUGUACUACCGCCUCCCCGAGCCUCGAGGCAGGACUUACGGAGAGCUGGACCUGCUCUUUGAGCACCGUGUGUCAGCUCGCAAGUUCAAGAGAACCACGGUUGAUCCUUAUGGCCAGGAGACGGGAACACCAGUUGUGACCAAAGCAAAUCUCGAGGGCAAAAAAUGA